UUUACAAAUGAUCCCAACAGCAUAAUUGCAAGGUAGCGGCUAGCAGCAAAUGCAAGUGAAAUGGCAGAAACUGCAGUAUCAUUUGCGUUGGAGCAGGUGUUCCAACUUCUUAAGGAAGAAACAAAUCUUCAGAGAGGUUUGCACAAAAACUUCUCUGACAUCAAAGAUGAACUAGAAAGCAUUCAAGUCUUCCUCAAAGAUGCAGAUAGAAGAGCUGCGGAUGAAGCAGACAACAACGAAGCAAUCAGAACAUGGGUGAAGCAGCUGAGAGAAGCAUCAUUUCGCAUUGAAGAUGUCGUUGAUGAAUACCUUUGGCUAAUGCGUGAAGUCAACCCUCCUCGAUGUGGAGCUUUAGUCUACAAGACUACAGGCUUAAUAAAAACUUUGAUUCCCCGACAUCAGGUAGCGUCCGAGAUACAGGAAAUUAUGAUGUCAAUUCGUGGGAUCAAGGAAAGAAGUGAGAGGUAUAACUUUCAAAUUUCACAUGAACCAGGACCAUCAAGCAGCAGCAACAGCACUAGAGGGACGGACAAUGGAAGAGGUCGUGAUCCUCGACUGUCUUCCCUUUUCAUUGAAGAAACAGAAAUUGUAGGAACUGAAGGCCCAAAAGAAGAAUUGUCUGGCUGGUUAUUGGAUGGUGCAGCUGACCGCACAGUGAUUUCAGUGGUAGGAAUGGGAGGUCUAGGAAAAACCACUCUUGCCAAACUAGUUUUUGACAGCCAAAAGGUAACGGCACACUUUGAUUGUCGUGCUUGCGUCACAGUUUCUCAAUCAUACACUGUGAGAGGUUUGUUGAUAAACAUGAUGGAGCAAUUUUGUAAGGGAACAGAAGACCCUCUUCCACAGAUGUUACACAAAAUGGAUGACAAGUCACUGAUAACAGAAAUCAGACAAUACCUGCAACAUAAGAGGUAUUUGAUAUUCUUUGAUGAUGUUUGGCAAGAAAAUUUUUCCGACCAGGUUGAACUUGCCAUGCCGAACAACAACAAAAGUAGUAGGGUCAUAAUCACCACUAGAAUGAUGCAAGUUGCAGAUUUUUUUAAGAAAUCCUUUAUAGUCUAUGUUCACAACUUGCAACUUUUGCCUCCAAAUAAAGCAUGGGAACUCUUCUGCAAGAAAGUAUUUAGAUUUGAACUUCGUGGGCACUGUCCAUCAGAGCUUGAGGCUUUGUCAAACGAAAUUGUUCAAAAAUGCAAGCAGCUACCUCUGGCAAUUGUAGCCAUUGGGGGCCUACUGUCAACAAAAUCUAAAACAACGAUUGAAUGGCAAAAGUUCAGUCAAAAUCUGAGCCUUGAAUUGGGACGUAAUGCCCAUUUAACAAGUCUAACAAAGAUUUUGUCGCUGAGUUAUGAUGGUCUGCCAUACUACUUGAAACCAUGCAUUUUGUAUUUUGGUUUAUAUCCGGAGGACUGUGCUAUUUAUCAUACGAGAUUAACUCGACAAUGGAUAGCUGAAGGGUUUGUUAAAUCGGAAGAGAGAAGGACUCCAGAGCUAGUUGCAGAGGAGUACUUGUCUGAAUUGAUUCACAGAAGUCUGGUUCAGGUCUCAAAUGUUGGCUUUGAAGGAAAAGUCAAAACAUGCCGUGUCCAUGAUUUACUGCGGGAAGUGAUCAUUAGAAAAAUGAAGGAUUUAAGUUUCUGUCAUUGUGUGCACGAAGACAGUGAGUCAAUUGCGGUUGGAAAAACUAGACGCCUAUCUAUAACCACUGGUUCUAACCAUGUGUUGAAGAGAACUCGCAAUUCACAUUUUCGUGCUAUACAUGUUUUCGAAAAAGAUGGAGUGUGGGAGCCUUUCAUGGGUAAAUUGUGUUCAAGGUCUAGGAUUUUGAAGGUACUUGACAUGCAAGGUACAUCAUUGAAUCAUAUUCCUAAAAAUUUGGGGAAUAUUUUUCACUUGAAAUACAUAAACCUAAAGAAUACAAAAGUACAGGUUCUCCCUAAAUCUGUUGGUGAGCUACAGAACUUGGAGACAUUGGAUUUAAGAGAAACACUUGUGCGCGAAUUGCCAAGUGAAAUAAACAAGCUGAAAAAGUUACGGCAUCUUCUUGUUUUUCAUCGUAACUAUGAAAAGAAAUAUUCUGUUUUGGGCUUUACAACUGGCGUGCUGAUGAAAAAAGGUAUUAAGAACUUGACUUCCCUACAAAAUAUUUGUUAUGUGGAGGUAGAUCAAGGGGGAGUAGAUCUCAUUGAAGAGAUGAAAAUGUUAAGACAGUUAAGAAAGUUGGGUUUAAGGCGUGUAAAAAGAGAACAUGGGAAUGCCUUAAGUGCUGCCGUAGUAGAGAUGCAACGCCUUGAAUCACUUAAUAUCACAGCAAUAGCAGAGGAUGAAAUUAUUGACUUGAACUUUGUGUCAUCCCCUCCCAAACUUCGGCGGCUUCAUUUGAAAGCUAGACUGGAGAAGUUGCCUGAUUGGAUUCCGAAACUUGAGUGUCUUGUUAAGAUAAGGCUUGGUUUAUCCAAUUUGAAAGAUGAUCCAAUGCAGUCACUGAAGAACUUGCCAAAUCUGCUGAAGCUCUCUUUGUGGGAGAAUGCCUAUGAUGGUGAAAUUUUGCAUUUUUCAUCUGGAGGAUUUCAAAAAUUGAGAGAACUGAUUCUAAGUCACUUGAAUAGAGUAAAUUCUAUACUUAUAGAGAAAGGAGCUUUGCUCUCUCUUGAACAUCUUAAAAUGGAAAAGAUCCCCCAAUUGAAGGAGGUACCAUCGGGUAUCAUACUCUUGGAUAAACUCAAAGUCAUUGACUUAGUUGAUAUGCCAAAUGAAUUUGUUAAGAGCAUUGAUCCAGACGAAGGACACGACCACUGGAUUAUCAGUCAUGUUCCUCUUGUAUUCAUUCGUCAAUGGUUUGGCCCAAAAUACUAUGAUUAUGAGAUUCACACUAUAAACUCGUCUUCCAAGGAGGCCUGAGAAGAAGAAAUUCGGAUUCUCCAUGAUAAAGCUCAAAGAUGGCGUACUUUGUUCAGCAUUCCAUCUGUGGUGCUUAAACUAAAAAAAAAUAUUUCCUUCUCAUCCUGCAACUGUCAAGGAAAAUAUGGAUUUAGUUCAUCGAGUGACUUAAAUAUGUAGUGUCUAAAAUUGGUGAGAGCUUUCUUUUUAAAUUAUGUUAUUUGUUGUGUUGUAUGAUUUGGUUGUGGAAAGCUUUGAUUCAAAAGCUUGUAAUCAAGAUUGAUAUGUGGUGUUUAAGAUUGGUGGGAGCUUUUCUUCAAUCAUUGUAAUAAUCAAACUACUUCGUUUUA